AUGGGAAAAGGAUCUUCCGUCGAACAUGCGUGUGUACUUCGGCGUCGAAAAACGAUGGUAGCGCUGGAACCAUUACCUCCAACAUCUGGUUUAUGGGCAAGAAUAUCAAGAAAAUUUUAUUCUCUUAUAAUAUUAAAUAUGCAAAGUAAUCAAUGUAAGAAGUUCUACAAUCAUCCAUCUUUUAUGCGAGCAGAGUUGAGGAGACACGUUCAUUCGAAUUUCAGCCACUUCUUUCAUCCCUUUAGUAAAUUGUCCUCGUUUGUAGAUAAACUUUUAUAUAUUUUGCUAUUACAUAGAACCUUUUUAAUCAUAUAUGCCGAUAAGAAACCCUCAGGUAUUUUUGAAACUUGUGUGAUAAGGGAUGCAAUUCAUAUUAUUAUAAUGAUAACACGAUUUUUUACUGGAUAUAUCGAUAAGAAAACCAAAGAAGUGUGUUUAGAACCAUCUAGAAUUGCGAGAAACUACAUCACAUCAUAUUUCAUAUUAGAUGCUUAUUUGGCUGUUGAGGAAUAUAUUUAUAUAACAAAACUGGAAUUAUGGAAAAUUGCUACUAAUGUCAUUAGUUUCUUCGUUUAUCUAAUCAGAUUCAAAUCGUUAAAUCAUGUUAUGGAUGAUUAUCUGAAUUUGUUAGGUACAAACAAUCAUUCAGCUUUUAUUUUAUAUAACACACUAUUAUUAACAUUUAUUCUACAUGGAUUUUCUAGCCUCAUGUAUUGGGUACCAACGCAUAUCUACCGGUAUAAUAAAAAUUUUCCUGAAAAUUCUUGGAUAAAUCGCAAGGACUUGAGUUUCACGGAAUAUAAUGGAAGUACUUACAUCGCUUGUUUUUUCAUUGUGAUUUCCUAUUUUCUUGGAUCAACUCAUUUUGAUCUUGUAACCGAACCCAUCGAACAACUUUUGCUGUUUGUUCUCACAUUUUCCGGUAGAAUGUGUACACUAGUAGUUAUAGCGAGAGUACUUAUUUAUUUCGGAUAUUCAGACGUUUCCGAGAGCGAAUAUGAGAAUAUGGUGUUCCAACUGUAUAAUUACAUGAGGACUAUGAAAGUACCCAAGGAAAUACAAGAGGUCAUUUUGGAAAGGAUGAAGUAUACUUACCAAAAAAAGUAUUUCAACGAAAAUGAAAUAUUGAGUACUUUAACAGAACAGAUGAAAACAGAAUUGUUCAUAUACGGAGCGAAACAUUUGAUAGCAAAAUGUCCUCCACUACAAUCAUUGGAUCGAUUCGAGAUAUCGAAACUUUUCGUUCAUAUGAAAACUCACAUAUUUUCACCACAUGAAGUUAUUCAAAAUUAUGACGAUAUACAGCCUUAUAUAUUCUUCAUUUCCUCUGGAAUGGUCGCGGGUUAUACGAACGACGCAAUCCAGUUCCUAAUAUUAGGAGAAGGGGACGUUUUGGGGAUGAUAAGAUCGUCGCCCAGUGAACCGCCUUGGUAUUCUUCUCUAUUUAUUUCUGUAGAAACCACAGAAGUUUAUUCUAUCCAUUAUAAAAAUUUAAAACUGGUGACUGAAGCAAAACAAGAACAUUUUACGAAAUAUUUCAGAGCUUUAUUACUCGAAAGACAAGGAAAACAUAGGACCUGCAAAACGUAUCAUAAGAAAGCUAACACUGUUAUGACACAGUUGCAGAAAGGUGAAUUGUUGGAAAAACCUCAACUGAGACACGGAUAUGCGGACAUGUGA